UCGAAGGCCCACGGAUAUGAGGAAAAUAAAUUUUCAGCUCUCUGGAAAUAAAAGCAGAAAGCUUGGGAACAAAAAUACGUUUUUGGAUUGCAGGGUUUUGAUUUUUCGCUUCUGGGUUUGGUGAUUUUGGCCGAGAAAAGCUCAUUUAGAGCUGCAGAAGCUUGUUUGUUCAAGAGUCUAUCAGUUUAUUUGAUUUUAUCCAUCACUCUGCCACUGUUUGGAUUCGAAAAAGAUGUCUCAAACCAACUGGGAAGCUGAUAAAAUGUUAGAUGUGUAUAUUCACGAUUAUUUGGUAAAAAGAGAUAUGAAGGCUACUGCUCAGGCUUUCCAAGCAGAGGGAAAAGUGUCUUCGGAGCCUGUGGCGAUCGAUGCGCCUGGAGGCUUUCUUUUCGAAUGGUGGUCGGUUUUCUGGGAUAUAUUCAUUGCUAGAACCAAUGAGAAACACUCUGAUGUUGCUGCAUCUUAUAUUGAGACACAAUUAAUAAAAGCUAGAGAGCAACAGCAACAUCAGCAACAUCAACAGCAGCAGCAGCAGCAGCAAACACAGCCACAACAACAGCAACCGCAACACAUGCAGAUGCUACUGAUGCAGAGACAUGCCCAACAGCAGCAGCAGCAGCAGCAGCAGCAGCAACAACAACAGCAACAGCAUCAACAGCAACAGCAGCCACAGCAGCAACAACAACAGACUCAGCAACAGCAACAGCAGCGGAGAGAUGGAGCCCAACUCUUAAAUGGUACUUCAAAUGGUUUUGUUGGAAAUGAUCCUCUUAUGCGCCAAAAUCCCGGUUCUGUGAAUGCAUUGGCCACAAAAAUGUAUGAGGACAGAUUAAAACUGCCCCUUCAGAGGGAUUCACUCGAUGAUGCGGCUAUGAAACAAAGGUAUGGGGAAAAUGUUGGGCAGCUGUUAGAUCCAAAUCAUUCUUCGAUUCUGAAGUCAGCUGCAGCAACCAGCCAGUCGUCAGGGCAAGUGUUACAUGGUACAGCUGGGGGAAUGUCUCCUCAAGUUCAAUCGAGGAGCCAACAAUUGCCAGGUUCCACACCGGAUAUAAAGAAUGAGAUCAACCCAGUUUUGAAUCCUAGAGCUGAGGGAUCACUGAUGGGUAUUCCUGGAUCAAAUCAUGGUGGCAAUAAUUUGACCUUAAAGGGAUGGCCCCUCACUGGACUCGAGCAGCUACGUUCUGGGAUCCUUCAGCAACCAAAACCUUUCAUACAGGCUCCUCAACCUUUUCCUCAGCUUCAGAUGUUGACACCGCAACACCAACAACAACUUAUGCUCGCACAACAGAAUUUAACGUCACCUUCUGUUAACGAUGAUGGUAGAAGAUUGAGAAUGCUUUUGAAUAGUCGAAUGACGAAAGAUGGACUUCCAAAUUCUGUUGGUGAUGUUGUUCCAAAUGUUGGAUCUCCUCUCCAAGCUGGCAGUCCUCUCCUGCCCCGUGGAGACAACAAUGACAUGAUGAUUAAGAUUAAAAUGGCUCAAUUGCAGCAGCAACAACAGCAGCAACAGAAUAGCAGCCAACAACAACAACAGCAGCAUUCUCUUUCAAAUCAGCAAUCACAAAGUUCAAACCACAAUAUGCACCAGCAAGAAAAANAGCAGCAUUCUCUUUCAAAUCAACAAUCACAAAGUUCAAACCACAAUAUGCACCAGCAAGAAAAAAUCGGGGGUGCUGGCAGCGUCACCAUGGAUGGUAGCAUGACAAACUCAUUUCGUGGAAAUGAUCAGGUUUCAAAAAAUCAGCCUGGGAGAAAAAGGAAGCAGCCAUUGUCGUCUUCAGGUCCAGCAAAUAGCUCAGGAACAGCGAAUACAGCGGGUCCAUCCCCAAGUUCUGCUCCUUCAACUCCCUCAACUCACACACCUGGAGAUGCAAUCUCAAUGCCUGCUUUGCCUCACAGUGGUAGUUCAUCUAAACCUUUGAUGAUGUUCAGCAGCGACGGCACUGGCACUUUUACAUCCCCCUCGAAUCAGUUGUGGGAUGAUAAAGAAAUUGAAUUGCAGGCUGAUAUGGAACGCUUUGUGGAGGAUGGGUCUCUUGAUGACAACGUCGACUCUUUUUUAUCCCAUGAUGAUACGGACCCUCGAGAUCCUGUAGGGCGCUGUAUGGAUGGUGGAAAAGGAUUCACGUUUACGGAGGUGAAUUCUGUUCGAGCAAGCACGAGCAAAGUUUCCGCUUGCCACUUUUCAUCGGAUGGAAAACUGCUUGCUAGUGGUGGCCAUGAUAAAAAGGCCGUGUUGUGGUACACAGAAAAUUUAAAACCGAAAACUUCACUUGAAGAACAUCUUUCCAUGAUCACUGAUGUUCGUUUUAGUCCUAGCAUGCCCCGUCUUGCAACAUCAUCGUUCGAUCGAACAGUCAGGGUUUGGGAUCCCGACAAUCAUUGUUAUUCCCUACGUACUUUUACGGGACAUUCUGCAUCUGUUAUGUCUUUGGACUUCCAUCCAAAGAAGGACGACUUUAUUUGCUCGUGUGACGGUGACGGUGAGAUUCGAUACUGGAAUAUCACUAAUGGCAGCUGUGCAGCAGUAUUCAAGGGUGGCACUGGCCAGUUGAGAUUUCAACCUCGGCUCGGGAGAUACUUCGCUGCAGCUGUAGAUAAUAUCGUUUCAAUUUUUGAUGUUGAGACACAAGCUCGUCUGCAUUCGUUUCAGGGACACACCAAAACGGUUAAUUCUCUUUGUUGGGAUCCUUCUGGAGAGUUCCUGGCAUCUGUUAGCGAGGAUUCGGUUCGAGUAUGGACACUUGCUUCGGGCAACGAGGGCGAAUCCAUUCACGACUUGAGCUGUAGCGGCAAUAAGUUCCACUCGUGUGUUUUUCAUCCCAUCCAAUCUAGUUUACUGGUCAUUGGAUGUUACCAGUCAUUAGAGCUUUGGAACACGACCGAGAACAAGACAAUGUUCGUAUCAGCUCAUGAAGGUUUAAUAUCUUCGUUAGCAGGGUCUACAGCAUCGGGUCUGGUCGCUUCAGCCAGCCACGACAAGUUCAUCAAGCUGUGGAAGUAAAACAAAGAAAAAAAGACGAAAACCCGAAAACGAAGAAAAGGUAAUCAUCACAUCACACACUACUACUAGAAUUAAAAGCUAAAGCAGUGAGUGAUCUGGUACUGGCUUGUUUUUUUUUUUAUUUUUUAUCAGGACUUGUAAUUUUUGUUUGUUUUUUGUUCCUGUUUUGGGUUUAGUAGAAUAUGAAUUCUGACAUAACUGUUCUUCUUGUAAUUGGACUCCCAUCCACUGGUAGAAUGUAUACUAUUUACUCUUCCCCUUGCUCUUCUGAAAA